CACUGAAAUGCCAUCCUCUUCCUCUCGCCGGAGAAUUCCUUGACUCCUCUGCGGAUCCAGCCCUCCUGCCCACUGGCUGCAGAAGUGGAGGCAACAUCCUGCCAUGUAGAAAAGACUGUUCUGUGGAAGGUUACAUGAUAGAGAAUAAGAGGAACUACAGGGACAGCGACUCUCUCCAUCACAUCUUGGGGCAGAAGCAGAGAAGGAACACGUGUCCACAGGUUUAACAAGAUGACUUCAUAAGGUAUGGAUCUAGAUGCGAUCUCAAGAGGUGACCUGAGGUGGAGGAUGGAACUGACCAGGACCUGGGGGUGAGGUAUUCACAGAGGAGAGGGCGGGAGGCCCUCACAUGAGAACAGGAAGUGGACAGAGGAGCCAGAGCAUGCAGGGGUGGGGUUUGGGCAGAACUGCAAUCCACGCUGCCCGUGGCAGUGACUGGGUUCUUACCUUGAGUCAGGGCAGGAGGGAUGGUAGGCAGAGCCCACAUUUCCUGGUCUUGCUGCGUCUCUGACCUUCUACCCUGAAGAGGAGUUUUGGCAGAAGGGAGGUGGGGAGGCAGAGGCAGGGCAGAGGCCCACAUGUGCUCUGCUGGGGUCCAAGCAGCCGAAGGGGCAAAUGCAGGCUGUGUUGAGCUCACACCCUCUCUGCCACAAAUUUGAAGAUCAUGGAUAAAAAAAGAUACCCUGUAAGAUAGACAGAGACUCAGGUGAUUAUGAGUGAUUUCCAGCAUUAAAAAACCCUCAUAAUCCAAACCUAAACGGCUUUCCCCGACAUUCCUGAUGGGGUACUUUCUUCAGGAAGCGUAGUGAUAACUGGGGAGGGAUGAGGGACACAUAUCCUAGUGUGUGGGGAGAUGUUGACAGCGCUCUGCUUCUCAGGGUGCACUGAUUCCUGCGCUUAAACGCUCCCACCAAAGUGGCCCUGGGCUUGCCAGCACUAACUGGGGUGCCAGGUGUUUUUCUGGCCCCGGGCUUUUUGCAGGACCAAAGGGCACACCCUGUCCCAGGUGGUGACUCCAUUCCAGGAGAGCUGCUCAUUUGUGGCCCUUCCUGACAGAUUCCCUCCUGCCAGAUCAGGGUCACAGCAACUGAGAACAAUGCUGGACAGGCUGAGCAGGCAGGGACAGGGGUCUGGGAGAGCGUCAGAAGCUGCUGGGGCCCGUGCUCCCCGAACUGGGCCACUGUGGGGCCUUUCAUCUCCCGCUUUCCUCUCUGGGCCACUCCAGUGCCCCCCGCCCUUGCUUCUUCCCACCCCACCAGCCCCAGCGCGGCAAUUACGGCGUUAAUUAGGAUGCUUUGAUCAUCUUUAGAAAUGGCCACACUAGGCAGGGACGCUGCCAAGCAAUUAGGGGCAGAGGGGCUGCAAGCUUAGUGGCUUCCUCAGGGGGUGGGGCUGCUGGGGACCCCCAGACCCCCCCUGCCCUCCUCCCUUCAAGAGUAUCUGCCCCCAGCAUAGCUGUAGACUCCUCAGGGGGCACAGGCAGAUGGGGAUCCCCCCUCCCAGCCCCUGCCCACCAGCCCCCCUCUGCCUGGCCCCGGGCCCAACCGUCAGCUCUUCUCCCCUGUCUCAGCCCCUUUGAUGGAGCCGCAGAAACAAGGGCUCCUUUGACAGAAGGGGGGCUCAGAGCCGGAAUGAUGAGGCUUCAAAGGUGAGGGUCGAGCCCACUACCUCAUUCCCUCCCCCAGUCCUGGCCGCCCUCCCCCUUCUGUCCUCUAUAUAGCCCCCACAGCCCCAUUUCCCGAGGGCUCCUAGGAGGUGAGGGCCAGGUGAGGCACAGACCAGGGGAAGUGGGGAAUUUUGAUGUAAGGAACAGGGUCAGAUGAUUUGAAGGACAAAAAUUCUGUGCCCAGGGGCAGAAAGGCAGUGGGAGGCAGACAGGACAAGCACGGGCAGGGUAGGCCCCAGAGGAAAGAGGACGGGGUCUCCUGCCCCAGCUCCUGGUCACCAUGCUGCUGGCUGCGCUGCUGCUGCUGCUGCUACCGCCCGGCCCAGACCCCUGGUCUGCCUAUGGGCACCCACUGUACAUGCGCCUGCCCCCCAGCACCCUGCAAGCAGUUCUGUCAGCCCAGGGGACCCAGGCACUGCAGGCUGCCCAGAGGAAUGCCCAGUGGGCAGUGAAGCGCGUGGAGAUGGAGAUUCAGCACAGACUGCACACCUGCAGAGCAGGACCUGGACACCCCAGGCCUCAAGCACCCCUCCUCCAGGACCCACCUGAACCAGGGUCAUGUGGUGAAAGGAGCCCUGGAGCUGCCAACGUGACGCGGGCUCAUGGACGCAUAGUGGGGGGCAGCGCGGCUCCCCCCGGGGCCUGGCCCUGGCUAGUGAGGUUGCAACUCGGCGGGCAGCCUCUGUGCGGCGGUGUCCUAGUGGCAGCGUCUUGGGUGCUCACAGCGGCGCAUUGCUUUGUGGGCGCUUCGAAUGAGCUUCUCUGGACUGUGGUGCUGGCCGAGGGGCCCCGGGGGGAGCAAGCCCAGGAGGUGCCAGUGAACCGCAUCUUGCCCCACCCCAAGUUUGACCCACAGACCUUCCACAAUGACCUGGCCCUGGUUCAGUUGUGGACACCAGUGAACCCCGCGGGUCCCGCGCGUCCCGUGUGCCUGCCCCAGGGGUCCCGGGAGCCCCCAGCCGGCACCGCUUGCGCCAUUGCAGGCUGGGGAGCCCUCUUCGAAGACGGGCCUGAAGCUGAGGCGGUGAGGGAGGCGCGUGUCCCCCUGCUCAGCGCAGACACUUGCCAAAGGGCUCUGGGGCCUGGGCUGCGCCCCAGCACCAUGCUCUGUGCCGGUUACCUGGCUGGGGGCAUCGACUCAUGCCAGGGUGACUCUGGAGGGCCCCUAACCUGUUCGGAGCCUGGCCCCCACCCCAGGGAGGUACUCUUUGGAGUCACCUCCUGGGGAGAUGGCUGCGGGGAGCCAGGGAAACCUGGGGUCUACACCCGUGUGGCUGUGUUCAAAGACUGGCUCCUGGAGCAGAUGAGCGCGGCUUCCUCCACUCGUGAGCCCAGCUGCAGGGAACUUCUGACCUUGGACCCGUCGGAGGAGCGACUGGCAGACGCCGCCCGGCUCUGUGCCUUCUACGCCCGGCUGUGCCCGGGAUCCGACGGCGCCUGUGCGCGCUUGGCUCACCAGCAGUGCCUUCAACGCCGACGGCGAUGCGAGCUGCGCUCUCUGGCGCAUACGCUGCUGGGCCUGCUGCGGGGCGCCCAGGAUCUGCUGCGCCCUGGGCUGCGGCGUCUGACCCCCGCCCUGGCUCUCCCCGCUCUGUGGCUCCGGCGGCCUCCCCGGCACCCCGUCCUUGAGCAGCGGCUACACUCAGGAUCCAGGGCUACGGGAGUGUGGUUCCAGAAGCCGAGGUCAGAGCAGCGCGGGGCGACGAACAGCUGCCCUGGGCUGGAGCCCCUGAGACAGAAGUUGGCUGCCCUUCAGGGGGCUCAUGCCUGGAUCCUGCAGGUCCCCUCAGAGCACCUGGCCAUGAACUUUCAGGAGGUGCUGGCAGAUCUGGGCUCCAAGACACUGACUGGGCUCUUCAGAGCCUGGGUGCGGGCAGGCCUGGGAGGCCGGCGCGUGGUCUUCAGUGGCCUGGUGGGCCUAGAGCGGGCCACGCUGGCUCGAAGCCUCCCCAGGCUAUUGGUGGAGGCCCUGCAGGCCUUCCGCCUGGCUGCCCUGGCAGAGGGAGAGCCCCAGGAGCCCCAGAUGGGUGUGAGGCCGGACCCAGGGCUGGGGAGGAAGGAACAGCACACACUCCACCCUCAGGUUCCCCCUGCCAGGCAGCCGUGGUGAGGACCUGCUGCUCCGGGGCUCAGGGAGGCAGGAGUCAUCGCCACAACAAGCCAACAAACUCACCGCCCCCUUUGGCACGGGGCCGGUGGGGUACUGGGUCUUCCAGGAGUGCCAUCAGAGAAUUGCCGCUGCUUUAAUAAAUGUUAUUUAUAUUCUGUGGA